UUUCUCUCCUCGGCGCAGUUAAGAUGCACCUUGAACACACUGUUCUCAUUGCAGCGCCCCAGCAGCUACAGAAGCAGCAGCCACAGCAGCAGAAGCAGCCUGGGUUGCAGCGGCGGCGGCAGCAGCAGCGGCAGCGCUGACACAUCCCACCAUGGACAGCUUCGACUUAGCCCUGCUUCAGGAAUGGGACUUGGAGUCUCUGUGUGUCUAUGAACCAGACAGAAAUGUGUUACGGAGGAAAGAACGGGAAAGGAGGAAUCAGGAAACUCAGCAGGAUGAUGGUGCAUUUAGUACAAGUUACUCCCUCUUCAGUGAACCUUACAAGCAUAUUUGCUUUUUUCCCCUCCAGACUAACAAGGGGGAUGAGCUCUCAAAUCGAAUCCAGAAUACUUUAGGCAGUUAUGAUGAAAUGAAAGACUUCUUGACUGACCGAUCUAAUCAGAGUCACCUUGUUGGAGUUCCCAAACCUGGGGUUCCACAGACCCCUAUGAACAAAAUAGAUGAGCAUUUCAUUGCUGACUCAAGACCGCAACCCCAGCCUCCUAUCUGCAGCACAUCAUCUUCCACACCAGCAGCUGUACCUGUGCAGCAGAGCAAGAGGGUCACCAUGGGCUGGCAGAAAGUUGGGCAUCCUACAUCUGAUGGCCAGCAGAGGGCAAGCAAACAUGGGCAUAGAUUGCUUGAUUCACACAAUAGUGACUUCAAAUCUGCUAACCAAAAAACCAGUAAUGAGAAACCUAAACACUGUGUCUCAAGCCCCACAUCCUCUUCCUCCUCCUCCUCUUCUUCCUCUUCUUCCUCCUCCAACUCAGCACAACCAGGACCUCCAAGGACCAUGCUUGGAGACAGUGUCAGCAGGCAGCAGUCACGGUCCAAACAAAGCUGCAGUGUGGAAAUGGGUCUCCAACCUCAAGAAAGGACAUCUACCAUGUCUGCCAAGCACAGCAGUGGUGGGCACUGUGUUCAGAACUUCCCUCCUUCUCUUGCUUCAAAACCAAGUCUAAUCCAGCAGAAACCAACUGCUUACGUUCGGCCAAUGGAUGGCCAAGACCAGGCCCCUGAUGAAUCUCCUAAACUCAAGUCUUCAACAGACACUAGCGUACAUUGUGCAUCCUACCGAGGAGUACCCGUCAAUAAAGCUGAAUCAUCCAGGACCAAGUCCAAGCUAGCAAAAUUUAGCAUUCCCAAACAGGGAGAGGACAGUGGAUCAGGCGAUAACAGCUGUGUUGAAGAAAUAUUACGGGAGAUGACCCAUUCUUGGCCUCCACCUCUUUCUGCUAUUCACACACCUGGUAAAUUAGAACCAAGCAAGUUUUCAUUUCCAAAUAAGGACUCUCAGCAUGUAUCCACUGGACACAACAAUCCAAAGAAAGGUGAUGCUGAGCCAAAGAGUCCGGACAAUGGUACAUCAAAUACUUCAAUGCUAGAAGAUGACCUUAAGUUAAGUAGUGACGAAGAAGAGAAUGAGCAGCAGGCCGCACAGAGAUCUGCUCUCCGCGUUCUGUCUGACAGCGCGGUGGUUCAGCAGCAGGCCAAUAGCGGACCCUCCGGCCCCUCCAGCAAGGGGUCGAGCAGCGGCAGCUCCAGCAGCAGCAGCAGCAGCUCCAGCGACUCGGAAAGCAGCUCCGGCUCGGACUCGGAGAGCGAAAGCAGCUCCAGUGGGAGUGAAGGCAGCAAGCCUUCUCACUACUCCAGCCCAGAGCCAGAACAAGCUUCUUCCAACAAGUGGCAGCUGGAUAAAUGGCUCAACAAAGUGAAUCCCCAUAAGCCUCCACUCCUGAACCAAAAUGAGAGCCACGGGUCAGAGGGCAGCCAGUACUACAACCGGGGAAAGGAUGAAGUGCAGGAGUGCGGAAAAUUAAGCACCCUCUGCCAGACAGGCCUCAGAGAGAAGGAGAUCAAGACCGCCUGCAAAGAGGAGCAGAGGCCUAGGACUGCUAACAAGGCCCCUGGGACUAAAGGGGUGAAGCAAAAAUCGCCUCCCGCCACUGCGCCUGCGCCUCCCGCAGCCGCAGCCGCCCCCACAGCGCCCCCUGCCGCCCCGGCCGUUGUCCCCGCUGCUCUGAGCUCAGGGCCCGUGGGGGCCGCCCCAGUUGCUUCGGAGGGUGCAGGCGCGCCGCCCCCGCCCCGGAGGUCGGCCUGCAAGAAGCCCCAGAGGAGGACUACGACGACGACGACGACUACGACGACGACGACAACGACGACAACGGAGAGGGCCUCGGCAAGCGAGGGCGCCAGCUGCCACCGGCCUGCGGCCGAGGAGCUGGCGGCCAGCGAGGUGCUCGUGGAGAGCCCGGCCCCCGAGCCCCCCAAGCCCAGGCCGUGUGGCGGUGGCGCCAGGACGGGCCACCGAAAAGAGCUGCGCUCGUGCUCGGCCGCGGCGGCAGCGGCGGCUGCGGCCUGCGAGAAGCGCCGCACGCGGGGCCUGAGCAAGACGGCCCCCAAGUCCAAGGAGUUCAUUGAAACUGAGUCGUCGUCCUCGUCUUCGUCCUCGUCGUCCUCGUCCGACUCGGAGCCGGAAUCGGAGCAGGAGGACUGUCCGGGCCCCAAACCCACAGCGGGGGGCCCGGCGCCCUCGUCGGCCUCGGCGGGGGGCGACCAGCGGCUCCGGGAGGGCGGCCCCGGGAACGGAGGCAGCAACAACGGCAACAAGGCCGUGGGCUCCAUCAACGCCAGGACCUCGAGCGACGCCGCCAAGGAGCUCGAGGAGCAGUUCUACACCCUGGUGCCCUUUGGCCGCAACGAGCUGCUCUCCCCGCUCAAGGACAGCGACGAGGUCAAGGCCCUCUGGGUCAAAAUCGAUCUGGCCCUCUUGUCCCGGAUCCCAGAGCCCUCGCCCCCCCAGGAGGCCGCCCUGGCUGCCCCCGGGGCCAAAGAGACAGAGCCCGGCCUGCAGAAUGCAGCCCCGGACCUGCCGCCCGCCGAGAAGGGAUUGCCGAAGUCUAAGCGGAAACGCAAGUGUGAAAAUGAGGAGGAAUUUAGGGAGAUCAAGAAGACUCAGGGAGAGAAAGAGUGUUCCUCACGACUGACUACAUUGGCCAGCAGUACUUCAUCGACAAGCCAUUGCCACUUGAACACCAACAGCUUGGCAAUACCAAUAAAUAAAAAUGAGAAAAUGCUUCGGUCACCCAUUUCACCCCUCUCAGAUGUGUCAAAACACAAAUACUCCAAUGAUGAUUUAACUUCUUCCAGUAGACCUAAUGGCAGCAGUCUGUUCACUUCCAUCUCCUCCAGCAAAAAACAUAAGACGGAGAAUCAGUUGCAGCCCCAUGCUGGAGACCUUGCUAAAACAGUGCACAACAGCUCAGAAAACAUUCUCUUCUAUAAUAAACCACGACCCCAGACAGAACCAUGGUCACCAUUAUCCAAUGGGCACAGAGACUGCAGGAGACAAAAGCUCAUCUUUGAUGAUAUGCCACGCAGUGCAGAUUAUUUUAUGCAAGAAGCCAAACGGAUGAAACAUAAAGCAGACGCUAUGGUGGAAAAAUUUGGAAAAGCUUUGAAUUAUGCUGAAGCAGCCUUGUCAUUUAUUGAGUGUGGAAAUGCAAUGGAGCAAGGCCCAAUGGAAUCUAAAUCUCCCUAUACAAUGUACUCAGAAACAGUAGAACUCAUCAGGUAUGCUAUGAGACUAAAAACUCACUCAGGCCCAAAUGCCACUCCAGAGGACAAACAAUUAGCUGCAUUGUGUUAUCGCUGUCUGGCUCUCCUGUAUUGGCGGAUGUUUCGACUCAAAAGGGACCAUGCUGUAAAGUAUUCAAAAGCACUUAUUGACUAUUUCAAGAAUUCAUCUAAAGCUGCCCAGGCCCCAUCUCCAUGGGGUGCCAGUGGAAAGAGCACAGGAACUCCAUCCCCCAUGUCUCCCAGCCCUUCUCCAGUCAGCUCGGUGGGAUCUCAGGGGAGUCUCUCAAGCACUAGCACCCCUUCGCCAUCAUCCAUAAUUAGCAUUCCACAUAGGAUCCAUCAGAUGGCAGCCAACCAUGUCAGCAUCACCAACAGCAUUCUGCACAGCUAUGACUACUGGGAGAUGGCAGACAACCUUGCCAAGGAGAAUAGAGAGUUCUUUAAUGAUCUGGAUUUGCUGAUGGGGCCCGUCACCCUGCAUAGCAGUAUGGAACACCUAGUUCAGUACUCCCAGCAAGGACUGCAUUGGCUGCGAAAUAGUGUUCACUCGUCAUAGUGAUUGCGUGCCAUUUAGCCGGACUGUGUAAUAAUCUCCUAUGGACUGUUCAAUUAUUCUGGACACUGUGCUACCGAAAUUCUCAGUCACAGCAUUUAUCCAAAUGAAGGUGAAUAUUUCUUCAGCAUCGAACAAUGAUAUUUUUCUAGGGCGUGUGUGUGUGUGUGUGUGUGGGUGUGUGUAUUUGUAAGUGUGGGUGUGUGUAUUUGUAAGUGUGGGUGUGUCUGAGGUUGUCUGUGUAUAUUUGUAAAAUAUAUCCAGCUCUUCAGAAUUCAUCUUCUCCUCCUGUAGUCUCCAUAACGUUAGGAUAGGCAGAAGUGAUCAGAGGUAUCUGAUUAGGGAUGAUGCACACAUACAUACAUACAUACAUACAUACACACACACACACACACACACACACACACACACACACACACACACACACACACACACACACACCCAUUUGCUUUCUAUUUCAAUAUUAUACCUUGGAUUCUUAGAAAAUUCAGCCAAAAUCUCAUGGGUUAGUUAAUCAAGUGCAAUAAAGCACAUUAAAAGCUUGACUGCCAGUUUAGAUGCUCCUAGAACAUACGUUAUUGAUCUUUUUUUUCAGUCUUAAUAUACUAUCUUCCCCCUAACUUGCAGAUUGGUGUGAGUUGAUGAGUAAUUGAAAAAUGGAGUUGAAUGUGUUAUUUUUUGUGCAGGAAGUUUCAGUGGAUUUCAUGUUACCUUAAUUAUUGCUCUUUUCUAUUAAAACUUCACCUGUCUUUCAGCCUUAUUAUCACCUAAAAAAUACAACAGUAAGCAAAAGAGAUUUUUCCUAAUUACCUUCCUCUUCCUUUCCCUGCCCCCCCCCCAAUUAGAGUGGUAGCAAUGGCACUGAAAUGAACAAAAGAAAAAAAAUCCAACGGUUUGGAACCUAAAUGGAUAUUAAAAACAGGUAGCAAAGUUUUGCAGCUGAAAAGCAGAAUUCAUUUACACAGGUGACAUCAGACACACAUAUACAUGCAUUUUCAAUUCUGUCUCUUUUAUAAUGGCCAUAUGGAGCAAUGUCUUAUCUAACUGCCAGAAAUUUAAAGUCUUUUCCAUGAUAGCUUUCUUGCAAAUGUAGGCCAAAUCGAGACAUAACCUAGACUGUCUCCUUACCAAAAGUCUGGGUUUGCUGCUUAUCAUGCUAAGAACCAUUUACUAUAAUAAUUCCAUAUAAUCCUCUCACUCUUCUUGCAUAAUCCACUAGUGCAAGGCUUUAAUAUUUCUUGAUUUGGGAAACAUUUCCAGUCACUGUUGACAAGCUGCCUUUUAUUGAGGAGAGGACUGAGGGGUGGUAUUAAUCCUGCAACAAAAACUACGGUUUUGUUUGGGUCAACAGAGAUCAAUGCCUAUUUGUAUCAUCUGUAGUAAGUCAUGUGCAUACUUCCCUUUGCCAUCAGUGCUUUUCUGUUUAUUGUUAGCUUUAUGUUCACUCUUUUGACAUCUUUUAUUAUUUUCAGUUUUCAUUGGAAAUACAGCCUUAAUCAGAUUUUGUCACUUCUAAUUUGAGCUUUGGAGUUGAGAAAAUGUCCCAGGGGAAAAAAAAACCUUUGGGUCAUAAAAAAUAGCCAUAUCUUUCCAAAGCCUAACAUGUCCAAACUCUGUGUAUGUGUAUGUGUAUACACAUAUAAACAUAUACAUAUAUGUGUGUUUAUACAUGUAUGUAUUUUAUAUCUGUAUAACGUAUCCUACUAAUUAGCACCAUUGCAUACAUAUCAGUUCACCCUAAGGAAGGGAUAUGAUACAGUAUGUUGCUUAAACUAUUUCAAGGCAGUAGAGCUAAAAGGGAUUUGGAAGAGAUGUUGAUGUACACCCAGCCUCUAGGUACUGAUGUUCUCAUUCCUUUGGCUGUGGCAUGUUUCCCACUUUUCAGCCUGAUAUUUACUUGGAAAGUCAAGUCCACCAAAAUUCCUUAGCUCUAUUUACUGGUUUCAAGUUGUGUGAAUGCUAGAGCUGUCUUGGUAAUGAUUUUGAAGUUAAUUCGGAAGUUUGUGCCUCAGUAAGUGAGGGGCUUAUUACCAAACUUUUCUUGGGCUUUUGUCUCAGGUUGUUUGGGUUAUAUUAACUCAGUAUUAUUUUUUUCAAUGUUCAUUUCACCUUUGUGCUGCAUAAGAUUUUCUUUAUCGGUACCUUUGACCUAUUGGCACAUCUCUACAAUUUUCUCCUCUUUUGGAAACUUUAGUUGCAUAUGUAGAAUUUAGAGUCACACAUUUUUUUUUAAUCCUUAUGAAUUCUGAAGAAAGGUUAGACCGCUCUCAUACAGAGUGUUCCAUAGAGAUGCUUUGCAAUUCAGGAUAACUGAAUACUCUUCUAUGAUGCUGUAACAUAACUUGCAUCACAGAUAUCUCUGCUAAGUCUUUUUAAGUUAUGUACGUUUUGUUUUGUUUCUGGUAAACCCCCAAUCUAAUCAUGAAACGGAAUUAAAUGAGGGAGUAUACUUAGACUAAUUAUGUUAACAACAUUUUGGUUGGUGACUUGGAAAUCAUUAUUUCAAAUAAGGCUUUUAACAGUGGGUCAUUUUGGUGAUGAUCAGAGUAGAUGAUUCUAUCACAGGUGUUUGUUUCCUGUGCCCUGAAUGGUGAGGCAAGAGCAUCUGUUUCAUUUGGAAACAGAAGAACUGUGACAAAAGAAAAUUUUAGUGACUGGUCUCUUGACUGCUGUUUUUUGUAAAAGUCAUUCCUAUCCUAUCCUUUUUCAUUCUUUUAAUUUUCUAUAUAUCUUUGCAUUUGACCUCUUUUUAAUUUUGAAGACAAAUUCUGUUCUCAGGAACCAAAUAUGGGCUUGAUUGAGGUCAAGCCCUCUACAACUUUAAUAAGAGUUUGUCCUUAAUCACAAUGGUAGAAUUACCUUCAAAUGGGAUUAAUCCAAACGUACCCAACGCCAAAAUCUGGCAUUUGUUAUACAUUCCUUAUGAAAUAUGUUGAUUAGAUAUGCCUUCGCAAAUAAGACUCGUGUAGAAUUAUGCAAAGAGAGAGAGAUUUGGUUAAAAGAAACAUACUUCUUAAUAUCAUAGAUAGGAACUCAGUCCCACAAAAUGAAGGAGAUGGAAUAAAAAAAAAGUUGAAGUGCUUUCAAAUUCUUUACCACAUGUAAGCACAUGAAAUGCAAUACAAGGAAACUUUCUGCACUAAAAAUCAAUUAUCAUAUUUAUAACAAUUAUAUAUGCAUUGCAUCAUGAUGUGUACAUUUCUGGCACUUCAUACAUAAUAUACAGUUUGUAUAAAUGAAUACAUUUAAAUAUAUGUAUACAAUACAGCUAAACCAUAAAAAUGUAGUCAGCCUGAAGGAUAUUACUAGUGCCUAAAUAUUGAGUACAUGUCACUGGAUGUUCAUUUCACCUUGGAAGUGCAGUAAUUGUUACAAAACUAAUUAGUGCAGCUAAUCAUAAUUUAAGAUUACAUCUUUGAAACUGUGCAGUAGUAUUUAUGUAUAAUAUAUAUGAAGUAUAUAUACACAUGUAUACAUGUAUAUUUUUAAAUAACAUUUUUCCACAGUUUUCACAGUUUUUUCCAGAGCUACUGUUAAAAAAAAUCUAUAUUACACAAAAAAAAGCAGAAUUUUUUUUUCCUAAGGAAGUAGACACUCUGCACACCCAGUUAACAUUGUGGUUUAUCUGUUUCUAGAUACCCAAGAGACUUUAGCAGUCACCAGCCUUAAUGCAUGUACAGAAUAUUCUUGUGAUUUAUCUGUUUUUUUUUUUAAUCCUCAUGAAAUUGGAAUUUAUAAACAUGUCUGCCUUUCUGAGGUUGCAGAUGUUACAUUAAGCGAUUUAUGCUGUAAAAUGGGAGAAGUUGAAUUGUAAGUAAAGAAAAUCAACUGAAUUCCAUAAAUUUUUAUAAGAAAAAUUCAAAAUUGAAAUUUUUUCAAAUCAAUAUCUUUCAUUCAUGAAGCAUCCUUUUUAUGCAUAUUUUUAUUGAAUACCCACUAGAUAAUUAGCAUAAUAUGCCUAAUUCUUGAUGCAAAGAUAUAUAUUCUCUUCAUGAAUUCUACCAUUCCUUCCUUAUGCUGCCCCUCCAAGCCUUCUACAGGCCCACUAAACAUACGCACACACAUACAAUAUAGACACAUGCGUAAUUCACCAGAGAACUGUCCAAAAGAAACAAAAGGCCUCCAAAAUGCAUGUUAACAUGUGUAUUUUUGAGUCUGAUGUAGAUUGAUUUAUCCCUGAAGUACUAGCUAGUUAUCUCAUGUUAGUGCUGAAACGAGGUGUCUGAGCUCAUCUUAAGCUGAAGGAGCAAUUGACUUGACUUGCAGUGUGCCAUUUUCCAACUUCUGGCACCAUUGUACUUGUGCUAGCCUUUAAAAAAAAAACUGAAUGUGAACUUUUAAUUGAAGAAAAUGCAGGUAUUAGAACAGUGACUUGGCAUGCUAUGUCCUCCUGUGUAGGAAAAAGAACUUUAAAAAAAAUUACCUCUUAAGGCUCUCCCUUCAGAAACCUCUCUUUCUACCUUUGUCCAUUUCAACAGAGUUAUUUCAAGCCCUUUCACUUUUUGUCCUGCCAUACUUCUUUGAGCUGUUCACAAAUAUCUGGCCAAAAAGUAGCAGUGGAUGACUUUCCGAGGUUACAUUCAGCUAGUUAGAUUGGUUCAGUUAAUUCCUCAGCAGGACCCUGGGCGCACUGACCAUGAAGGACUGGGUCAUUCUCCGAAAGAGAAAGAAGAGAAUACUUUGCAUUCUUUGCACUAGAGAUCUUCCAAUGAGGAGGUAUUCUUCGGAGAUAAUGUGUCCUUUGGACAGUGGUCUUUCCCACCUUGGAUUAAACUUGAUUGAGGGCUAAACUCCAACAGAAUCACUUUUUGUUUUGCAGCGCUUCCAUUUUAACUGAAACUUGGAACCAGUGGAGAUUCACAAAACGUUAAAAGAAAAGUGAAAACCAGUAAUAAAUAAAACUGAAUUUCAAA